AUGCACGCUCUUCCCCCUAUGCACGCUCUUCCCCCUAUGCACGCUCUUCCCCCUAUGCACGCUCUUCCCCCUAGCUCUUCCCCCUAUGCACGCUCUUCCCCCUAUGCACGCUCUUCCCCCUAUGCACGCUCUUCCCCCUAUGCACGCUCUUCCCCCUAUGCACGCUCUUCCCCCUAUGCACGCUCUUCCCCCUAUGCACGCUCUUCCCACUAUGCACGCUCUUCCCCCUAUGCACGCUCUUCCCCCUAUGCACGCUCUUCCCCCUAUGCACGCUCUUCCCCCUAUGCACGCUCUUCCCCCUAUGCACGCUCUUCCCCCUAUGCACGCUCUUCCCCCUAUGCACGCUCUUCCCCCUAUGCACGCUCUUCCCCCUAUGCACGCUCUUCCCCCUAUGCACGCUCUUCCCCCUAUGCACGCUCUUCCCCCUAUGCACGCUCUUCCCCCUAUGCACGCUCUUCCCCCUAUGCACGCUCUUCCCCCUAUGCACGCUCUUCCCCCUAUGCACGCUCUUCCCCCUAUGCACGCUCUUCCCCCUAUGCACGCUCUUCCCCCUAUGCACGCUCUUCCCCUAUCCAUGCUCUCCCGCUAUGCUUACUCUCCUAUAGGCAGGCACCAGGCCUUAUGCUUCUGGCAGCAAUUCGGCAUCACACCUCUCCUCUCCCUUUCCCGCUUCCUUCUCGCCUUUCAGAAUUCGGAGAAGAUAUUUUGCCUGAUACCUCUCUCUUCCCCGCUUCCUUCUCCCCCUUCACUCCCUCCCCCUCCCCUCCUCCUGCUCCUCCCCUCCUCCUCUCCCUCCCCUCCUCCCCUCCUCCCACCAGUCUCUCCACUCUCAAAUUGUUCAAGUUCCCACCACCAGCCAGCCCCCCUCCAGCAAUCUCCCCACCACCACCACUCCCUUCACCCCCACCACCCGCUCCCCCCAUCUCACCUCCCCCCCGCUCACCAGCACCCCCUCCUCCUUCCCCUCAGCCCUCUCCUUCCCCUCCUCCCCCUCCAUCCUCGCCUCCCUUCGUUCCAUCGCCCCCUCCCUCGCCUCCGCCUUCCUCCGCGGGGCUAUCAGUGGGGGCCAUUGCGGGGAUUGCCAUGGCGGGGAGUGCGAGUGGGUCCAAGGGUCCCUCGGGGCCAGCGCAGGCGGCGGGGCCGGCGGUGUGUCGGCAGUACCGGCUGGACGUGCUGGCAGCGGCAACGGGCAUGUGGGCGGAGGCCAACAAGAUCGGCAGCGGGGGGUUCGGGGACGUGUACCGUGCUGAGGACCCCGCCGACCCCUCCACGCUCUGGGCUGUCAAGCGCGCCAAAGUGCUCACCAAUGACUUCCGACGGGAGGUGAACGAGAUGGCAUCGAAGCACCAUCCACACCUGGUGCGGCUGCUGGGGUUCUGCAUUGACGUGAACAAGGCGACGGAGCAGACGGAGCAGAUCCUCAUCUACGAGUUCAUGCCCAACGGCGACCUCGAACGCUGGCUCGGCCCUGGUAUGGGUGAUGUGCACAGCUUUGGAGUGGUGAUGCUCACGAUCCUGACGGCACGCAAGGCCAUCUACAACUCGGACGACAACCAGAUCAACCUCAAGCAAUGGGUGGCCCCGUUCAUAGCAGCCAACGACGGAGUGACCUUCAAGGACCCCUCUUUGGAAGCCCCGCCAGACAUGAUCCUGCGCCUGGCACGCCUGGCUCUCAGCUGCACCGCCAUGCCCACUGUCCUCCGCCCCAACAUGAUCAAAGUGCUUGCUGAAUUGGAGGCUCUGCGCGAGGAGGUCUGCGGUGCCACCCGUAACCGGAUGGCGAGGCGAAUUGACCGGGAGAUUGAGGACAAGCAGGGGCACAACCUGGAGGAGGAGGUGGCGAAUGCGAUUAGAAUAGGGUUGAGAGGAGAUGAUGGAGAGAGCAGGAAAUGCAGUGAGAGAGUGAGGGAGUGA